AUGAUGAAUAAAGUGACGCCGACGGAGACGUCGUGCACCGGUAGCUCCAAAGCGACGGCGGGGAAAAGCGUCGGGAUGCUGGUGACGAUGGCCGUCAAGGUAGUCUUGGCUAACCUGAGCAAUCAUGUUUUCAUAUGAGUUGUUCCAGGUUUUUGGUGUAAUGUCAAGAACUUUCGACCGGAACCCUUCCCCUUCUUUGAGCGAUGACAGCAGCUUGCAGAGUGGCCCCUACACUUCUAGGGCUAUCCCUGUUGUCAGUUUUUAUUGAUUUUUUGAAUUAUCUAUCGAUUAGAACAAGAAUAUGACGUUUGGAGAAAAAGUAGAGCUCUACUCCGUUUUUCGCGGCUUCGAGCUGUCGUUUUUCUCUGCGCCCUCCUCGUCUUUCGGCGACCCUCUCAUGUUGCCGGGCUAUUUUGUUUUUGUCUGACCUCGCCGGUGAGGGAACAGAGAGACACAGACAAUCGAAAAAUGUCAGGGCGAACGGAAUAUACCUGCAAUGUGAAAAAGGGAUAGAAAAAUUGAAGAAAGUUUGGGGAGAAAAAAGAACCGCGCAAGUGUGCUCCAUGGCUCAUUGGAAUACUUCAUCUCAUCAUAAUUAGAAACUCUGUUUUUCUUUCUAGUUUCAGUCAUCCUUGGAGCACGUUUUUCCCAGGACUUCCAAUUUUUCAAAGUUCAUGACUUUUUUUUUAUUUCUCCGAAAUUUUUUCGAAAGCACCCUUAAAUUGACGUAAAUUUAAAAAGGAAAGAUAGACCAGGAGAAAUUGAAACUUUUCCAAAGUUUUUCGCACAUUCCCCUCUUUUCUCUCAAAAAAAUAUUCCAACUUCCUCAGCGGCUUUUUUUUGGCCGACUAUACAAUACACUCUUUAAAUUUCAAAUAAGGAAGUCGGAUCGAAUAUUUUAUUCAACCCGAUCAAAAAAGGCUCAAUUUUUCUCAUUUUCAGGCCGCCGCUUACACGCAAUCGUCGACACGAAAGUGAGUUUCGGGUUAUUGAUGUCUUAUUUCAUUUUUAGACUCGACGUCAUUUUUCAUGAUUUAUUCAGUACUUUCGGCUUCAGUUCCAAGUAAUUUUAAUGAAGUUUGUUCAAGGAACUGCGAAAAGGCCGCUUUCGGAAUAACUUUUUGGCGCGUUUAUUCUCCAAAAUCCAUUUCGAAAUCAGAUCAGACAAAUUCUAGCCGAUGAUCGCAUUUUGAAUGGCUCAGACAGUUUUUAAAUACAACACUUUUCUAAAAUGUCGAACUCUGAAUGAGUGAAAAGGAAGAAAAGAAAAAAAAAAUGAUGCACGAAACGAAUUUGGCGAAAACCAUACCCAAUCAUGAUGAAGGUGGCAAAGGUUGGGGUCAGGUCGCAUCGGGAAUGGCUGAGGAAGAAAAAGAAAAAGUGAGCCGACAAGUUAGCCAUUCCGAAUGCGGCAAAGAUCGAAAAAAAAUAAACGCUUUUUCCUAUUUUAGACCUAAAAGGAUCAAAAAUGAUGUAAAGUAGCGUAGGGAAUGACUUAAGAAGAAUAAAAAGUCGGCAGACACGUUAGCAAUUCCAAAUGCGACCAUAGUUGAAGUGAUCGCUUGAUGGAACUAUUUCAUUAAGCAUUAUCAUUCCCAGGUUGGCUUUCGGAAGCGCCACAGAGACGGCCGAAGUGAGCAAACCGCUCGACGACUUCUACAACAGCUCGACGCUGACCAACGUCUCGAAGGCGUUUUGCGCGGCGGUCCUCGUCGCCGCCUUCCUCCUCAUCAUGUCCCGCAGCAUCCAGUUCGUCGCCUAUCACGACGAGUUUCUGAAGUCGUCGACCUCUUCGGCAUCCGUCGUCACAGAAGAAGCCGUCGAAGAGAAUAGAUCUACAACAAAAGACGUUGAGAUUCCGCCCAGUUUGAGCACCAUUUUGAAGAUCUCUACUGUUAGUUGA